GGUGCCUUUUUCUCCAGUUUCCGAUGUAUGAUUGGAAGGUAGUGGAUACCAUUCCCCCUUCGUGGUCGCUCGUUGUCCAAAAUCUCUUCGUCUUCAGAGAGACUAUCUUCGCAUUGAGAAUACUGUGCUUCUACCCUUCGUACUUAAAAGUUAUUUAGUUCAAAAUGAGUCCAUAAAAGAAAAAUUACAAUGGAAUGUUAUUCCUAAUUUCGGGAUUCAUAGACGACUAAGAAAACUUUCACCGAUUGUGCCAAAACUGAAAGUUUUAAUAAAAGCAUGGAAUCUGACGGAAGUACAGGUAAUUUUGGGAGCAGGUUCCGGAUAUCUGUCGUCGGUAGUGAUAAUCCAGCUUUUGAUGCGGAAGACAACGAGGCGCAAGCAGUUUCAAACAACAAGAAACCUAGUCGGUUGAGCUUACCAGAUGUUUUUGCUUCUAUAAUUCCAGGCCGACGAAGAUCAUCUUCUCUAAUAAUCACAGAUAACAAUGAAAAUGCUUUGGGAAAAAAUAGCCGAGCCAAUUCUAUAUUUUCUGAAUUCUUCAAAGAUUCUGAAGACAGUAUUAUGGAUUACAAUCAAGAGGCCGCACCUCGAUUGGAAAAUUAUCGGAAUUCCUUGACUAUGCACAAAUACAUGAUUAGACCUUCCUUAGAUGAACUUCACGAAGCCCACCAGGAAAGUCAUCCAUACCUUUCUUCGGGCAAAGGGGAAGAUAAAGGAGCUGUCAAGUUCGGAUGGAUAAAAGGCGUAUAUAUAAGAUGUCUGUUGAAUAUAUGGGGCGUCAUGCUUUUCCUUCGCAUGGGUUGGAUGACAGGACAAUGCGGAAUAAUUCUCGCCAUCGUAAUUGUUUUUCUGUCCACUGUGGUUACUAUAAUUACAACCUUAUCAAUGUCGGCUAUAUGUACCAACGGCGAUGUGCGAGGAGGAGGAGCUUAUUAUCUCAUCUCCCGCAGUUUAGGGCCGGAAUUCGGAGGUGUUGUAGGCAUUCUUUUGUUUCUUGCCAAUGCAGUGUCUGGAGCUAUGUAUAUAAUAGGAGCUGGAGAAGCCAUACGAGACAUUUUAAGAGAAUUUCACACAGGACUUGUAGAAUAUCCAAGCGGCAUAAAUGAUAUUCGCCUGACCAGUGUUAUCUGUUUGCUUCUCAUGAUGUCUAUCACUGGAAUAGGCAUGGCCUUUGAGAAUAAAACGCAGAUGCUCUUACUAGUAAUUCUGCUAGUUGCUAUGAUGGAUUAUUUUGUUGGAGCAUGUUUUCCACCCACUUUGGAACAGAAAGCCGAAGGAUUUUGGGGAUGGAAUGUGGAUGUCGCAGUUUCAAACAUGGGACCCGAUUUUCGAAAUGAAAAUUUUUUCAGCGUUUUUGCAGUUUUCUUCCCUUCUGUGACUGGUAUACUGGCCGGUGCAAAUAUUUCAGGAGACCUCAAAGAUCCUUGUAGUGCUAUUCCUAAAGGAACUCUUUUAUCGAUUUUGACAACUUCACUGAGUUAUGUUCUUCUUAUUAUUUGGCUGGGUUUCACAACUGUUCGGGAUGCAACUGGGGAUAUCCAAGACUACAUCAAUGAAACUUUACAGAAUUGCACUCUGACACCCUGUGAAUACGGAUUGCAAAAUGAUUAUCAGGUUAUGAAGCUCGCUUCCGCCUUUCCUCCUUUGAUUUACGCAGGUAUUUUCGCCGCCACUCUCUCAUCGGCACUUGUAUCCAUUGUCAGUGCGCCAAGAAUUCUUCAGGCUUUAUGUUUAGACGGCCUCAUUCCAUCAUUGACGUGGUUAGGUAAAGGUUAUGGUGCUGACAAUGAUCCUAGGCGAUCUUUGGCUUUGACUUUCGUAAUAGCUGUGGUCUUUACAUUAAUCGGGGAUCUGAAUGCUGUAGCCCCGAUUAUUUCUAAUUUCUUCAUGGCAGCUAACGGUCUCAUUAAUUUUUCAUGCUUUCAUGCAUCUUAUGUCAAAUCUCCAGGAUUUCGACCAGGUUUCCAGUAUUAUAAUCUAUGGCUGAGCCUUUUAGGGGCUUUGCUAUGCUUUGUUAUUAUGUUUGUUAUGAACUGGAUAACUGCUCUCGUCACCGAUGUCGUGGUGAUUGCACUUUACAUCUACCUAUCCAAGACAUGUCCAGAUAUAAAUUGGGGUUCAUCUUUUCAAGGCUACGUGUACAGAAACGCUCUUCAUCACCUUAACAAACUUUCAAGAGUCGAAGAACAUGUAAAAAAUUACAGACCAGCGGUCUUAGUUCUUUCUGGCAACGCAAGUAGUAGACCUCAGUUAGUAGACCUGGCAGGACAUUUCACUAAGGACCUCGGUCUUCAAAUAUGUGCUCGCAUCUCAAAGGAAUCGAAGAGCUGGCAGGAUCGGCGACUUCUGAAUGAAAUGAAUUCCAAGUGGCUUACAGAAAGAAAGGUUAAAGCGUUCUUUUGCUUAGUUGAAGCAGACACCUUUCUAAAUGGUGUCUGUAGUCUGAUUCAGACAGCCGGUAUAGGUAAAAUGAAGCCCAACAUUCUAAUGGUGGGAUUUAAAGAAAAUUGGAAAACAUGUGAUGCCAAAGAGACAUUGGAAUAUUUUGACAUAAUUCAUGAAACUUUAGAUGCCCAUUUAUCGUUAUGUAUUUUGAGAGUGCUAGGAGGAACUGAUUAUUCCUUGCAUUUUGAUACUGAGGAGGGUCUGCCUGUGGUGUCUGGACAUGAAAGAAAAGGGAAAGCUCGAAAAAAGCAAAAAUCGCAAUGUACGAAAUUACCACUAGAAACUGUACUUGAAGAACCAUCUUAUAUAGAAGGAAAUUCUGCUCCUCCAUCAUAUGCAAAUACAAUUACAAAACACACCGAGCUGUCUACGUCAGACUUUGCUGCAGCUGUAUGCAAAGAAUUACAGAUUGAAGAACACUCAGUGCAACUAGAAGAAAAGGAAAUAUAUGCUCGCACAAAGGAUCAUUUUAACCACAUCAUGGCUAACACAUUUCAUCACAAGCAGAAGAAAGGAAAUAUUGAUGUUUGGUGGUUAUACGAUGAUGGUGGUUUAACGCUUCUACUUCCUUAUAUCUUAACAACUCGAUCCCGAUUCAAGGACUGCAAACUAAGGGUCUUUUCGGUUGCUCAAGAUGAUAAAGUCAUCAGCGAUGAGCAGAGGAAUUUAGCGGCUUUACUUCGAAAAUUCAGAAUUCCAUUCACGGAUCUGUCUGUACUGUCAUCAGCUGGAGAACCGUUGCAUCAGCAAAGUGCGCAGAUAUUUGAGAACACGAUUUCCAAGUGGUUGACAAAGAACGAAGCAGAAAAGGAUCCAGUAGCCAUAACUAGAAGUUGCCUCAAUUCACACAAGAAAAAAACAAAUCAGUUUCUACGGCUUCGAGAGCUACUCGAGAAGCAUUCGAAAUCUUCAAACAUGGUUAUAAUGACUUUGCCUUUGCCAAGAAAAGACCAUUGCCCGGCAUUCUUAUACAUGGCCUGGUUAGAUAUUUUAACUAAUGGCAUGCCACCAUUUUUGUUAGUCAGAGGAAACCAAAAUUCUGUCCUAACUUUCUAUUCUUAAAUAACAGUUUUAGUACAUUCCAUUGGCUCUGAACUUUUACAGAUAGCAGUUAUUGAAAAUUGUUAUUCUUCCAGUUGUAUGUUACAUCUCACUUGUAUAUGCUAUAGAUUAUAGAUAUGUAGAUUUUUUUACUUAGAUUUUGAAAAAUAUGUUUUAAAUACUGAAUCAAUAAAUUGCUCUGACUUUUAAA